UUCUCUUAAUAUUUAAAAACAACCUCAACACACACUUGUUGAUGCUUUGUUUCGGUAAAACAAUUUACACAGGUCAAAAUAAAAGAGUUUGGAUGUAUAACGCGUCAUAAUUUUAACUCGCACUAAAAUUAACAAAAUGAUUUUGGCAUUAUUGGCUUACUGUCAGCAGCGCCAUCCGGACGUUUAUUUUGCGUCUCGCUUUCUUUCUUCUUUUACGCUUUUGAUAUCGGGCCUGGAGCGAUCUUGCAUGACAUUUCUGGAGUAAUGGCGUCCCGCCUGGAGUGGAUUCCAGAUUCUCUGUACAACUCCGCCGUUACGACGCUGGUCAACAAUUACCUCAUCUUCCAGAAAGACCUGAAAUACCUCCCCGAGAGCAUCACUUUCGACAUUUUUUAUCAGCUCUACAAGCAAAACAAACUAUGCUUCCUAGGCUUCGAAUUCUCCGAUUUGGAUGUGUUCGCCAAGAUAUCCAAGGUGAAGGACAAGAGGCACCUGCUGCACCACUGCUUCCAGGCUGUGAUGGACCACGGCACCCAGACGGCCCACUCCCUGGCCGAGACGUACCGCCAGCGCUGCUACUCAGCCUCCAGCCUCCCCGCAGUGCACCACGACUCGUUCGAGUACCUCAUCUCGGUCGGCAUCUCACUAGGAAAUUUUCUCAGCGAUGCCGGCUGGUUCCGUGAGAGUGAGAAGAUGCUACUGAGUUGCCUGUCCCUCUGCCGCCAGAUGGACGACUACCCACACUGGGUCUCUGCCCUGGAGUGCUGCCUCAGGCUGCUUCACGUUCAGCACUCGUACUGCAAGUUCACGGAGGCCAUGGAAACGUUGGAGGAGACGAAGCUGUACAUUGUCAAGUUGACCAACAUGGGCCACUCGCUCAACCUAGCUGGCCUCUACUCCGAGUUCUCCUCCCUCUACUCCUGCCGGAGCCAAUACAAGGAGGCGUACGACUGGGCCAUGCAAGCUUUGAUGCAGCUCAACUCCAAUGCCCACCCUAAGUCAAUAAUCGACGUCUUGAGGCAGGCCUCAAAAGCCUGCGUCGUGAAGAGGGAAUUCAAGCAGGCAGAGCUCCUCAUCAAGCAAGCCCUUCAUAUGGCAUGGGAGCACUUUGGCAGGGAGCAUCCAAAAACGGCAGACACAUUGCUCGACUACGGCUUCUACCUGCUCAACACGGACUCUGUGAGCCAGUCGGUGCGGGUGUACAGGAAAGUGCUAGACAUACGGCAGAGCGUUCACGGCGGCAACAACCUCCACGUGGCAAUCGCUCACGAAGACUUGGCCUACUCGUCGUACGUCUUGGAGUACCGGUCCGGAAGGUUCCAAAAUGCGAGAGACCAUGCCGAAAAGGCCAUGCUCAUCAUGACCCGCCUGUUGCCAGAGGAUCACCUGCUCUUGGCAUCUUCAAAGAGGGUCAAAGCCCUGAUCCUGGAGGAGAUAGCAAUCGACAACACGGACAAGGAGGCGGAGCAGCGGCUGCUCCAGGAGGCCCUGGACCUGCACGUAUCGGCCCUGCGACUAUCCUGCCAGGCCUUCGGCGAGAUGAACGUGCAGACGGCCAAACACUACGGCAACCUGGGCAGGCUGUACCAGUCCAUGCGCCGCUUCAAGGAGGCGGAAGAGAUGCACCUGAAGGCGAUCGACAUCAAGGAGCGCCUGCUGGGGCCCGAGGAUUACGAGGUGGCCCUGUCAGUGGGGCACCUGGCCUCCCUGUACAACUACGACAUGAAGCUGUACAACCAGGCCGAGCAGCUGUACCUGCGCUCCAUAGCCAUCGGCACCAAGCUGUUUGGGGAAGCGUACAGCGGCCUGGAGUACGACUACCGAGGCCUGCUGCGGGUCUCCAUGGAGAUGAGCAAGACGGACCAAGUUCUGCGCUACACGCGGGUGCUGGAGGAGUGGCGCCAGCUGCGCCAGCGGAACAUCCGGGAGGGUCGGGACGCCUCCCCGUUCACAUUCUGCGUCUGCAAAGUGCCCCCCGAGGACAUCUACGCCUACGUCACCAGCCUCCGGUAGGGAAGGCGCCGGCCAUCACCGCCUCGUCCCCCUCCCCAGCUCUCGCCGCCCCGCGCUGCAUUGCCGCCAGAACGUCUUCAACUGUGCAGCGGUGGGCCGCGUCGUCUGCAACGGUCGUUCAACAGACGCCACAACAACGGGUUGACGUGUGGGGUGGAAGAUUUGACGGGCUUUGCUGCGGAAGUCCUGCGGCCCCGCGCACUAAAGUUUCGCCAGCAUUUCCUUACGCUCGACGUAUGCCGCACCAGUUGACGACCCUCUCUGGCUGCGUCUCAACUCGUCAUAAUGCGGGCCCGCGCAAGCUUCGAGACGACGCACGUCCCAGUCAUUUCCCACGGAGGUCCGACACCUGCUCCGCGACUUUCUGUAGGGCACGAAAUGCGCUUCGCUCCUCCGCCGACGACGGGAGCUUGGGGCACAAGCAUUUUUGUGGCUCACGAGUCGAACGUGCGGGAUUUGUGGAGAUCUGCUAGUCGGACGCCGCGCGACUUCCUUUAAUGGCAAGACGGAAAAGACGGGAAGGCACUGGGAUGCGAACAAGUUUCCGGUUAAACUGAACUUUAAAAAAGAAAAGAAAAAAUACUGCCCUUGUUUUCCUUUUUGUUACCGAGAGUUGGAACUUGUAUGUGCAGUGUGUAGUAUAUGUUGUGGUCACUCGGUGUAGCAGCGCUCCACCCGUUGCACGCUCCUUUUCUGGGUGUUCCUUUUUUUUUUUUUUUUUUUUGUAAGAGUAAGCUUUCUGUCGAGAUGCUACUGCGGGUUAGCUCCUCUUUGCCGAAUGUGGACACCUCAUCUACGCUCCCCUUGCACCGUGCGAAAUGAGGCAACGUGCGUUUGCGGUAAUUUCUGUCAAGCAAUCGGAAUUUUCUAAAAAAUUCAGCGAAUCAAAGUGCACGAUUCUCAGCCGUAAAGAAAACUGUUCUUCCGCUCGCCCGAGGUACAUGCAACUUGCGAAUAACGCCGAAUCUGGAAGUUGUAAGAGGUACGACUAUCAGUUUCCCGAAAAUUCGGUCCCGUUUCGUAUUAUCUCGAGCUAAUGUAUAGUUUCCAUUUAAGCCUCGGAAACAUUUUCUAGAUAUGCAAGUAAUGCAGUUCAGGUACUGUGUCUUGGUUUUGCCCGCCGUAAAGUAUUCUUAAAAUUUUUAGCUCGUUAUGGGCUAAAGUAUCUCACCGUAAAAACCGUCGUCACCGACUAGGCUAGGAACAGAAAAGAUGCCAAUUUCACCGACGACUACCGCCCCAGCACGUUCUGCAUUUCGGCACGCCUGCCGACGAGACUUGACGUCGCAAGUUGCUCUCUUCUGACUCACUUGCGACCCUUAUGAAGCAACUUCCCAGAUGGCACCCGAAACCCUCGCCGUACAAGGGACUGGAAUGGGAGGACCACCUCCGUAUGUAUCAUACUGUGUAACUGCAAGCUGUGGAAGAUUGUACAGAGCGUGUUCGUGUCCUCGUUCUCCCCUCACUGUAAAUAGUGUCUUCCGUAAAGAAAACCAGUCUGCCCCGCGGGAGUGACUUUUUCAAACCGAGAACGUUCCCACUUCCGAAGCGACGUCAUCUAGCUGCAAUACGCACCCGCUUUUUUAGAAAGGAGGCUUCAAAGAAAAAUUUUGUCAACUUGCUUCGAAUGGACGAGCGUUUUACGCAAAAUAAAUGCUAGGAAAUUGACUCUAUUAGUGCGUAACGGCGUGCGGCCAGAGCUUCAGUCGGGAAGCUGCGAGUUAGUCACAAUCUUCAUAUUAGCUGGGGUCGUACCGCAACUCGAAUCUGUCGAAUGCUUUUAUUGGCAAAAGCUUUUGAAAGCGGGGUUUGAAAGAUCUAUAAAUACCGGUCGCUCGGACGAGGACCAGCAGACUACGACAAAAUAGAGCAGACCUCUGAGCGUACUCCUGUUGUCUUUGGUUUUGAUGCGUCGGACGUUUGCCCGUGCGUUCGAACCCCUUGCCUAGUUUAGUUCUGGGGUCACCGACGACUUGAAAAACGCAGGGUGUGGCGAGUCCUGAGCACCUCGUUAUCGCCUCUCAGCCAAUGGGAUUGCGGCAUUUGCCGCUAAGAACGCCAAAGAAUGAAUCGCAAAGCAGGAAACGUGAAUGAAAUGAGCCUUGCCCUGCAAUUUUUUAUGUCGUCUGCGACUCCACAUCUUUAAAUUCUGUUGCCGCGAGAUUGGGCCUUGCUACGGUUAUCUUGUUGUCGGCGCGGAAGCUUUCACACAAAAUAAAUGCUUUGCGAAAGGACGUACCUAGUUGCUAUUUUUGUUUUUAUAUGGUCAAUUAUUCGAUAUGGUGAGAGGUGACACUAACAAAUUAUUAAUUUGACUUCAUAGUUUCUUUGCCUAGCCGGUGCAAGGUUUUAUCCGAUGACAUGGUCAGGUCGAUAUAAAAAUUCACUUUGAUUUGGUUUAAUUCAUCAGAUUGGCUCCGACUGGAGUACUGCAGUAAUCUGAGGUUAAUUGGACUCCCAACAUUCGAGAUAUCCUAGUAUCUUUUGGUCACAUUUUAUGUGCACACUACAAGUUUGUUGGCCCAAUCCAUGCGAUUCCUUGAGAAAAGGCAUAGCAUAGAAUACAAAACCUUUUUUUAGUAAAAAUUCAUUUAAAGUUUUGUGAGUUGGACAAUUUUUAUAACUUAAAGGGCCACUAGAGUGUGUUUUGAGACCCUUAUCUUAUGGUCAUAACACGAUCUACGAGCUCUAAGCAUUAAAAAAAAAUACGAAAUUACACUCAUGCACAGUCAAUUUGCAUAUAAAGAGAAGUUCCCGACACUUACCGUUGGUGCAAAAUGACAGAUGGCGCUACCGAACCUUGCUGAAUAUGGUCCAACAACAGACGGCGCUUGUCAGGCACUUGCAAGCAAUGGGUUCCCGCGUGGACAAGCGGACCACCAGUCCCGCUUGUCCCCGUGGGAUCCCAUCACUCACUAGUGGCCAAGUAGCACUGUCCGUCGUCCGACCAUAUUCAGCAAGGUUCUGUAGCGCCAUCUGUCGCUCUGCGCUAGCAAUAAGUGUCGCAACCUCUUACUGUAUUUUUAAUACGUAAAUAGGCCACGCAGUAAUGUAAUUGUGUUUUUUAAGAUUAUUAUAGCUCAUAGAUUGAGUCACGAUAAUAAAACGAGGAUCUCAAAAAGCACCCUUUAAGUCUGUGGAAAUUCCUGCCAAGACUGCAGAGUGGAGUUCACAUAAACAGACCUUUGCAACCUUUUGGUUUUGUUUCUCAUUCCUUCAGAGUGGUGGUUUUGUAUAAUUAGAGAACUUCUGACCAGUGUAACAAUUGUGCCUGGCACUAGGAAGUUCUACUCCGAGUUUCUACAGAGUGCUUAGCUGACCUCGCAUUUUGGUAUUGACCGGAAGACUCUGUUAAAACGGGCCAAAUGUUAUAUUGAUGGAUGGGUAAAGAAAGAAUGCACCCAAAGUUAUCAGCCAACAUUUAUUUACAUUUAUUCCCUAGUAUCCUGUACAUAAUUUCUGCUGAUUUGGUACUAUAGCAUAUAGGUAGUUUAUUGCAAAGUUGUGCUUUCCGAGCACUUGCAAUGGGAAUGUUUCAAGCGAAAAAGCAACGAUAAGUGCAUUACUUAUUCCCAGUCCUACUCUAUUUUGCCUUUCUUUUAUGCACCAGUGUUUGCAUCUUCACAUACCUAGUAUGUUUUUUGCUGAGCUAGUGCGCUCCAAUAGCACUGGCGCAGGUUAGAUUUCGCUAAACGUCAUUAUGCCGAAAUGCACACUGGAAACCUGCAGACGUGCCCCAUUCACAAAAUGCAGAAAAAGCGAAAGUAAUUUUGCAGCACACAUUUGUUGCAGGCCGUUUAUGAAGGUGGCAUGUGGGUUCAAAUGUUUCUUUUCUGUGUUGCCCCUUGAUAUCUUUUUAAGUCAUUCAUAUGCAAAUGGGAUGGAAAUGAGAAAAAAAAGAAAAUGCUGGUGCUGGUCUACCACGAGAGAAUCUCAAUGAGGUUUGCACUGUAAUUCUCCAGAAGAUUGAGUUAUGUUUUACAGAGUGCUACUGCUCAAUUACUUGCUUUGAGCUGCACGUCGUGCAUUGGACUGCCACUGUCCAGAAAAUAAUCCGAGCGAAAGCACUCAUUUGUUUGACAGGGACGGUAGCUUUUACAAGUUUUAACUGGCCAAGAGCCAACCUGUGCACCGACCAAACUUCUACAACACUCGUCGUUUUGUCUUUUGACGGGGACUGAAAGUGCCCCUUCCUGCAGUGUGUAACCUCUUUAGGUACUGCCCAGUUGGUACCAGUGUGUCUUCUUGAUUUUCUUUUUGAGAACUGUGCCUUUUUUCCUAGAUGUCAUUGCAAAUCACAUGUAAUAAAAAGGGAUGUGUAAUAAACAAAGUUUAGUGAAGAAA